AUGCAGUACGAAGGAACAACAAAGGUUCAAAACUCAAGAAAGGACAUGCUUGCUUCUCGCUUUGAGAAUCUAAAGAUGGAGGAGGAUGAAACCAUCUCUGAAUUCAGUUCAAAAUUAAGUGCUCUGGCGCAAGAAGCAGCUGUGUUAGGCAAAAAAUACAAAGAUAAGAAGCUGGUGAAGAAAUUCUUGAGAUGUCUGCCAUCGAGGUUUAUGGGGUACAAAUCAGCACUCAGUGUGUCCAGCAACACAGAGAACAUGCCAUUCAGUGAAUUGGUAGGUAUGCUGAAAGCUCAUGAGAUGGAGGUAGACAGUCUGAAGAAACCUAAAAGUCUAGCUCUAAAAUGUGAGAACCGCACCACUGAAGACGAGGAAGACGAUCCCAUAAGUCUUCUGGUUCGAAGAUUUGAUCGUGCCUUGCGGAAAACUGGGAAACCUCAGAAGAAGGUUGCAUCCUUCAAGAAGACAACUGAAGGGGACAAGUCAAACAGGAAGAGUGAGGUGCGGUGUCAUGAGUGCAAGGGAUAUGGACAUUUCAAGAAUGACUGUCCUACUAUCAAGCGACGGAAGAUUCAGUGCUAUGGCUGCAAAGGAUUUGGACACACUCAGCUGGAAUGUGUCAACGAUCAAAAUCGCAGGAAGGACAAGUCCAUGUUGGCUGAGGAAGAAUCGGAUGAUGACUCAGAGGAUGACUCAGUUGAAGAGACAAACAACUUCGUGACGUUUAUCGGGAUCGCUGAAAUUGAGGAGGGACAGGAGUCAGAGUCAGAGCCUGAAGAAGAAAAGGAAGAUGAUCUCAUAAGCAGCUACAAGGAAGUACGUCAUGUCCUAGUUAGUCUCAACCAAGAAAACAGUGAAUUGAAGAAAGAAAACCAGAGAUUGUCUGUACUAGUAGACAAGCUCAGCAAAGAUCUCGAAGCAGCAAAUGCACUUGGCCAGGGAAGUGUCAAUCUGAUCAAGGAGAAGCUGGAAUUAGCCAACCAAGCUGAAAGUCUGAGGCAGCAUCUAAAGGUUGAAAAGCAGAUAUCGGAGAAGCUGGAGUCAGAACUAGAUCAGUUAAAUAAGCAGAUUCAGAUGUUCGCAGGAACCAAGCAACUGGACAAGAUCCUGAGCUACGAAUGUCAAGCUAAUACAAAGCAUGGAUUGGGUUACAGUGGAUGGGAACAGAGGAGCUCAGAUGAAAUCAAGUUUUUUUCAUCAGGAUACAACCAGCCUGAAGGACGAAGACCUGUCACCAAACUGCGAAAAGGACGAGAGUGCUAUUACUGUGGCAAGAUCGGACAUAUCAAGGCAUACUGCUACAGCAGAUGGAACAUGGUUCAGAAACUGAUCAAGCAACAGAAGUUCAGUUGGAAUGGAUCCACGAAUCAAGUCUGGGUCAGGAAAGAGGAUUUGCGAUUCGAACCUAAGGGACAACAGAAGAAGAAUCCUUUCAAGCCAAGAGAAUUCACUGUUAAGAGAUCUUCCAGGGAGGAUCCAAUGUCAAUGUUGUGGCAUGGAUUCAAGUGCAACAUGGCCCAAGUUGAAAGCGACGAAGACGAGUCAGAGCCUUGGUACUUCGAUAGUGGGUGCUCACGGCACAUGACUGGAAACCGAAGCUACCUCCGAAAUUUUAAGAAGAUUAAGGGAGGAAGAGUUACGUUUGGUGAUGGAAGUGUCGGUGCCAUACAAGGAAAAGGUAUUACAAAAGACGAAGAUCAGCCUGAUCUAGUCAAUGUAUACUUAGUACAGGGACUUAAGGCGAAUCUUAUCAGCAUAAGUCAACUAUGUGAUGAAGGGCUAAUUGUGAUAUUCACCAACAAAGGAUGCAGAGCAGUGAAUGAUGAUGGACAGAUUAUCCUAGCUGGAGAAAGGUCAGGCAAUAAUUGCUACAUGUGGAACAAGUCAGGGUCGGUUAUGAGCUGUUUUACUGUCUGUGAUAAUCUGCAGCUAUGGCACCAGCGACUCGGACACAUGAACAUCAGGAAUCUCAAUGAUCUCAUCUCAAAGGAGAGCAUUAGAGGAGUUCCAAAGAUCAAGGGAGGAGAUAAGUUUGUGUGUGGAGCAUGUAACCAAGGCAAACAGGUGAAAGUCCAACACAAACGAGUACCUGACGUACAAUCCAAAGCACCACUUGAUCUAGUUCAUAUGGAUCUGAUGGGGCCAGUUCAGACAGAGAGUUUGGGAGGUAAAAAGUAUGUGUUUGUGCUGGUUGACGACUUCACCAGAUUCACAUGGGUUAGGUUUCUCCGUGAAAAGUCUGACACGGCGGAUAGCUUUAGAAUCUGGGCUCUACAACUCAUGAAUGAACGAGGGUCAAUCAAACGAGUCAGGAGUGAUCAUGGAGGAGAGUUUCAGAACAAGUUCAUGAAGUUGUUCUGUGAAAGUCAUGAAAUAGCUCAUCAGUUUGCUGCACCCAGAACCCCACAGCAAAACGGCGUAGUAGAACGGAAGAAUCGAACACUUCAGGAGAUGGCUCAUGCAAUGAUCUAUGGAAAUCAAGUUCCCAAACGUUUUUGGGCAGAAGCAGUCAGCACAGCAUGUUACAUAAUCAAUCGGGUGUACAUGCGAAAGGGAACAUCAAAAACUCCUUAUGAAUUAUGGAAAGGAAAGACACCUAACGUAAGCUACUUUCAUGUCUUUGGAUGCAGGUGCUACAUCUUGAAUGACAAGGAUCACCUUGGAAAGUUUGAUUCAAGGAGUGAUGAAGGAAUUUUUCUGGGCUACUCAGGCCAUAGCUCAGCCUUUCGUGUGUUCAACAUGAGGACGAAGGUUCUGGUUGAGUCAGUCAAUGUAGUGUUCGAUGACUACGCUCAGAUGAAAUGGGAGAAGCCUCUGAUCGGGAGUGAUUCUGAAGGUGAUGAAGCGGAUCGGAUCAUGACUCAGGAGAACACAAAGCAAGUUCAUCGGAAUCAUUCAGCCUCAGAUAUCAUCGGUGAGGUGAAUGAAGGGAGGAAGACUCGUGGCAUUCAAUUGGAUUUCAAGAAAAUGGUUGGAAAGUUCUCUGAGAUGGUGCUAUAUUCCUGCUUUGUGUCAGUGAUUGAACCAAAAGAUCACAGACAAGCGUUGCAGUAG